CUCCCCCUCCCCGUCCCCCGCCUCCCCCGCCGAGCACCAUGCCCCAGCCAAAGGCGGGCACCAGCUCGUCCUCGCGCCUCCAAUGGCGCCCCACUAAGAUCAUGAACAUGCGCGACCUCUCCCGGGACGACGACUUUCUCAGCCACCUCCUGGUCGAGAAACUCGGCACCGGCGCCGUCCCCCUCAUCGUCCACAAGAUGGACGCCAACCGCACCAUCCCCAAGGCCGACCCCGACGAUCUCCUCACCGUCGUCCGCCGUCUCGUCACCGCGCGCGGCCCCCCACAGUCGGCGAUUCGCGACGCUGUCGACGGACUCCUGACCCUCGACGCGGUCCGUUAUUACCUAAAGGGCUGCGACCAAAAGCAGAUUAACGCGUUCUCCACCCAUGCAUCCCGCUACUUCGAACUCUACCUUCCCUCCGGCUCCAUUGAAAUCGCACAUACAUCGCGGUACUCCCAUAAGACGGGCAAGUCUGAGCUGUGCAUCCUCGCCACACGACCACUCAUGCCGGGCAUGGUGGUCAGCGAGCUCAAGGGCUCGAUGGCAGACCUAACCGAGGAGGAAGACAAGGAACUCAAGCGUAUUGGAGAGGGCUCCGACGGCGUGGCUAUCCGCCGCGAUUUCAGCGUUAUCCACUCGAAACAGCUCAAGAAGAACCACUUGUUCCUCGGGCCUGCGCGCUUUGUGAACCAUGACUGCGACCACAACGUUGAGCUGUUCCGCGAGGGGCGCUACAUCACGUUUCGCGUCAUCAAGCCUAUCGGUGUCGGAGAGGAAGUGACAGCGCAUUAUGGCGACGGGUAUUUCGGCAGGAAGAACAGACACUGCUUGUGCGAGACGUGCGAGAAGCAUGGGCGCGGGGGGUACGCUCUACACUCGUCCGAGGACGAACUCUCCGACUCGGCGGCGGGCUCGCCGAAGCAACCCCGUGGGCGCCGCGUGAGCGAGUCGAGCGAUUCGGAGGAGUCCGAGCAUGAACAAGUCGACGUGAACGAACGGCGUACACGGAGAGGGGUGUAUGCGGUCGUCAAGGAGAGUGAGAAGGGGAAAGAGAAGGAGGUGCCAGGACAAAGUGGCAUCGAGCUUGAGGCCGAGGUGGAGCCGGACGUCGCGUCGGAGCUCACAUCCCUUGGGUCAUCGGGCGCGUCGCUGCCCGACCCUCUUUCUGCGGAAGCAGGGCCCUCGAAGGGCAAUGGUCUGAUGACACCGGACCCGGAGCCCGCCCCAUUGACGGAAUGGCUGGCUUCAACAGCCGCUGCGGAGAUCCCGACAGAAGACGAUGUGAUCCCGCCGUCCACCCCGCUCACGGCUACAGCGUCGAUCAGCGCUACGUCCACACCGACUUCGACGCCCUCGAGAUUUCGCUCGGGCAUCUCGACGCGCAGCCAGAAGGCGAGGGACGAUGUAUCGGCUUCAGAACCACCAGAAAGUAUCAGCGCGUCGAUGGGGCGAGGCCGAGGCCGCGGUCGCGGUAGGGGUGGGCGAGUAUCUUCUGGACGUGGUGGUCGGGCACACGUCGAGGACAAUAGUCAGCUCCCGACACCACCACCCACAUCAGACUCGUCUGCACCCGCAAGCGUGCGGUCCUCCUCACGAAUACGGAACAGCGCGGCGGGGGAUCGGGACACCGCCCGUUCGCGCCUGCCCACGCCCCUCAAGGACAAGGCUGAAGGUACGACUUCUGCGUCUGCUUCAACGGCGGGUGACAAGGGCAAGGGUCGCGAGGACGUCGAUCCGCACUCUGAGGCAAGGACACUCAGGCCACGGCAUUUCCACCUUACGCUAGAGGCUCAGGGCAAGGCGAGGACUCCCGCGGAGGGACCGAGAGGCGUAGAUGGAAAGCUGCUGCCGACCUGUGUGACGUGCCAUAACGUGCUGCCUGUGAUACAUGUCGAGGGGAAGCCGGUUUGGGGCCUUGCGCUCGGGCGUACGGGAAAGCGGGGGAGACCACGCAAGAAUGUGAAUGUCGAAUGCCCCAGGUGUAUGCGCCACUACGAGAUAUACAACCUCAAGUGGCCGGAACGCCAUGGCAGCACAGCGUUCCUCCCGACGCCCCGCGACACGCGUAACAGCACCCCGAUCACGUCGGCUAACCUCGCACAUCUCGAGCGCAAACUCAACUUUGCGACUCACGGGUACGCGGUGCCGAAGAGGCCGUAUACCAAGCGCAAGCUCCCGGAUGCAGAGGAGGACCCGCGCCCCGCGAAGAAGUUGAAAGUUGUCCCCGCGGCGACGAGCACUGGCAAGCCUCGCGGCCGCCCGCCGAAGAAGAACAAAGUGGGCAUGUCGACCAAAGCGCAGCUCAUUUUGAAGGUCAAUGGCGGUGCGGCGAAAGCCACUGCCAAGACUGUUGCUCAGACGAAAGAGAAGGAGACAGAGAAAGCAACAGAGGAGGAGAGCAGUCGACGAAGCGGACGCAAUCGCGUGCCCAGUCUGAAGCUCCGGGAGAGCGAGACACCCAAUCACCCCAGGCUUUCUUCCAGGUCGAGGUCACGCCUUGCUCGGCCGGUCACGCCGCCCCUGUCUAGCCCGAGCACUGGCUCUGCACUCUCAGGUUCGGAGAGCGAGGCUCAGGCUCAGGCUCCUCAGACACCCGUUAAGAAACGGCCUGAGGAUGCCGAGGUGGAGAGCCCGAAAGUACCGACGCCGAAGUCUUUGGCAGUUGCUGCACAGCCGAGGGAGCAGAAUGGCAGGUUUGGUCGGAAGCAUGGCAAGAAGUCCAUGACAUCCACUACCGAUCUGAAGAAACGUACAAACAGGGUGCUCGGCACCUUGCGGACUAAGGCCGCCGCGAGCUCAGGCAGGAAGCACGACAGCGGCUGGGAGUCGGCCUCGGACGAGGAUCCUCAACCAUCAAUGCUUCCUCAGGUCGAUGCGGAUGUACAGGCGGAUGUCGCUGUAGAGGAGUCGGUCACCUUGAAGAGGUCGGCAGGGGAAAUGGUGGUGGAGGAGGAAGAAGAGUCAUCAGUCAAGAAAAUCCGCAUGGAGGAAGAGGAAGACGGGGACAGCGCGGACGCCAGCGACGAGGAGGAAACGACCCAUUUCCGUCGGUCCCUUAUGACCGGAGCUAAGCCCGGACUUGGUCUCCUGCGUGCGCCUAACCCUGUGACGUUCGCUCGUCGCAAAUGGGCAACGGCCCACGCUGACCCUGUUUCUAGAGUCACGGACGGGUCGCAUACAACAGAUGAAGAAACGGACUUGCCUGUGACUCCAGAAACCGGCGGGGAGCCUACACCCACAGUCGUGGUGACCCAUGUAGAGACAGACAGCGCAGAGGAGGACGCGGAGCCGCCGCCAAUAAUGGCACCGGCACCUUUCCUUGGGAAGUUGACUUUGAAGCCUUCGCCCAUGAAUCUAUCGAGACGGCGCUGGGCGCCACCUCCACCUAGGUUUGCGACGGAGACGAAGGGAGCUGACUCGGUCGCCCAGAAGCAGCCUUCCGAGGACCAGCUGGAUCCAAGUACGAGGUCCGACGGCUACUGGUCUGAUGAGGAGGAAUGGGGUUGGCCCUGGACCGAAUCCGAGGACGACGGUGAAGAGGAGGAAUCGUCCGUAGUGGAAUACCGCGCACCCGCGGAUCUCUCUGAUACCAGUGCACCCCGCGCGCGUGCUAAAGGACUCGCCAGUGUCCACUCUUCUCCUGGAUCCGAACGCUCCGUCGACAAGCUCACGAACGACCCGCCCUCUGACUCUUCCGCUGUCAUGAGCAAGCCUCCAGCGAUGAACUGGAAGCGAACUGUACUCCAAAGGCAUUGAUCUUCCUAUGACAGCGUCGCACACACUACCGUGUUCGGGAGCAACAACAGAAGUGGACCUUUAUAGCAACGACAGUGACUCGCACCCGAACGUGAACUCGCAUUUCCGCACUCUGGCUCGUAUGUAUACUAUAUGCUAUCGCGAACGGUACUCUUUCUUGCAAUCCGCUGUGCUAGCUCGAACUGUGUUCUGCAUGCUCUUCUUAUUGCUCCUUAUUCCCAUAUCCUACUUUAUUGACGACGCAAAGCUGUACCUUACUGGUCGACGCUAUGUCCGUUAUUGUGUGUACGAUACAUACCUUGCCUUCUGUAAUAGAGCGCAGACGUGUCGCUCGCCGUGGAC